AUGUUAAUGGAUGCGAAGACAAAUGUCAACAAUCGAGGGGGCGAGUUUGGCAACGCGCUACAGGCUGCUUCGUGGCGAGGACACAAAGAGAUUGUGCAGAUGUUGAUCGAUGCCAAGGCCGAAAUUAAUGCUCAGGGCGGCAAGUAUGGCAACGCGCCCCAGGCUGCUUUGUUGGUAGGACACAAAGAGAUUGUGCAGUUGUUGAUAGAUGCUAAGGCUGAUGUCAAUGCUCAGGGCGGUCUCUUUGACAACGCGCUACAGGCUGCGUCGUGGGUAGGAAACGAAGAGAUUGGCGGCCAGUAUGGCAACGCGCUACAGGCUGCUUCGUUUGAAGGACACAAAGAGAUCGUUAAGCUGCUCCUUGGGAAAGGGGCCGAGCUGAGUGUCACUAAUAAGGAUGGAGAUACGCCGCUUCAAAGAGUUUCACAAGGCGGACUGAAUUCUGUGUUCAUACUUCCAUGGUCCACUAUGUUGAUCAUGUCCGUCAUGUGAAUCAGUUCUGCAUGGCAUCCGUGCUUACUUGAAGUUUUCGACCUCGUCUCUUGAGGCUGCUCCCCGCAAGACUGCAUUCGUUUCGCGAACAUCAAUGCCGAUUGGUAUCCGCUGAUUUGGUUCGACUUCGGAUUCUGUAGAUC